AUGAGCUCGACAGUACGAAGAAUGCAACAGCUUAGUGCUCACAUGUCUUCAACCGCAAAUUCUUCUGCACCUCUGAACAACCCUGCACCGCCAACGACUCCAGAGCCUCUGGUUCUUUUCCGUGAACAGUAUGCUUCGCGCAUAUACACCCUCAAUCGACCAAAAUUGCUCAACGCCCUGAAUCACGAAAUGGUUCAGAUGCUCCAGAAGCAAAUCAAGGCAUGGAAUGAGUCGGAGUUGUGUAGCUCGAUUAUCGGAACUGGUAACGGUCACUUUUGUGCUGGAGGAGACGUUAAGAGUGCGUCCGACUCCAUUAUUUGGGCAUACUCUUGCAAGCUUACCCUGAACGCUUCUGUUCACGCGAUUACGGAAACCAAAUAA